CUAUGGCGAUGCUACCAACAGUGCAAAGAAAUUCAUUGGAGUAGGUUGUUAUAUUAAACGAUUAGUUUUGUGUUACAUUAUGUUAGUUAAUCAGUGAAUAUUAUAAAUUAUAAAUAAUUUCUUAUGUGUAAUUGCAAAAUAUGACAAGUAUGAGGUUCUACUAUACUGGCUUCAAUGCAAGCCCAUUGUUCAGAAAUGAAGAUGACACCUCUAUAGUAUUAGAUCAAUUAACAGAAGUUCCUUUUCCUGGUGUUACAAAUAUGGAGAUUAGUUGGAAUUAUUUUCUCCUUUGGAAAGAUUUUGAGUUGUAUAUUACAGGAAAAGUAGGCAGUGAUGAUGACAAGAAACCGUCUGAGUUACUGCAAAUUCCCAAACCUUCUGAAAGAUGUAAAAUCGUUAGUGCUGGAAGGGAAAGCAUAAUAAUUUCAACAACAAACAAUGAAAUCUGGCAAUACCGUUUUUAUGAAAAAUCUUGGAAGAAAAUUUCUAAUUGUAUUAACAUUAAUGAAGAAUCGGAAGAUGAAUAUCCUAUCAAAAUAUCACAAGGAGGGUGUACGGUAAUUCUUACAAAUUUAGGGCGUAUUUUUAAUAUUCCUAUUUUGGUAGAAAUGCCAAAAAGGGUUAAAUUUGUAGAUUUCGCUUGUGGUUUUGAUCACACAAUAUUGUUAGCGAAAAAUGGGGAUGUUUAUUCUAUGGGUAUGGGAACUCGUGGUCAAUUAGGACACGGUGAUUUGGAAGAUUGCGACGAGCCACAAUUAAUAGAAGCACUGGCUGGUCUUAACGUAGUGCAAAUAUCUGCUGCAGGUUGGCACAAUGCUGUUAUAACAGAUCAAGGGGAUCUUUAUACUUGGGGAUGGAAUGUUAACGGAGAAUUAGGUAUACCAAACGGAAACACCAAAGUCGUAGCAAUUCCUACAGUAAUAAAUUUUAAAAAUGAUCAAGAAGAACUCAUAGAUGUAAACGUAAAAAAAGUACAAUGUGGAAAUACAUUUACCAUAUGUAUGACUGAUGACAAAUCGUUCUGGGGUUGUGGUUCUAACAAAUAUGGACAAUUGGGACAAUCACGGAAAAAAAUUAUGAAUUCUAGCAUUUUUUUUUUAUUAGACAUUCCGUUAGAUCGUAAAAAUAUCAUAGACUUUAAAUGUCAAGAAUGGGGUACGAUGAUAUCGACAAAACAGAUUUCUUCUAUAACAUAAUAUCUUUAUAUAAUAUUAAAUUAAAGUAAGGAAAAAUAAAAAUUAAUUUGU